UAGAAGAACAGCACUAUGUCCAAAACUAAUCUUAAUACAGAGCUGGAGGAAGGGUGCACUGCCUCUAAAAUGAGUCUGAAUGAGGAGAUUGAGCGGAGAAGCCCAUCAGCAUCUCCAGAAGCCAGCUGUGUGUCUAUGAAGAGUAACUGGUCUUUACCUGACCCUCCUCAUUUCAGUGAUGGAGCAGUGAUUUCUGACCUCAGUCCUCAAUGUGGAAGGAGAUCCAGAACAAACAGAGUCAUGAGAGGAUCCAGUUCUGCUGGUUCGGCUCAGUGUGACACACAAGGAUUCCUGCAGGAGGAGGCUGGAGACCUGCAGAAAGCAGUGGAUGAUGAACUACAGGAAAUCAAAGAUCAGCACAAAAUCAGCAUGAGGAACAAAUAUGAGAAAUUAUUUGAGGGAAUGAAACUUCAACAGAAUGAAACCCUCCUGAACAGGAUCUACACACAGCUCUACAUCAUAGAGGGAGAGAGUGAAGGAGUGAAUGAAGAACAUGAGGUUUUACAGAUGGAGAAAACAGCUAGAACAAAACACUCACAAGACACUCCAAUCUACUGCAAUGACAUCUUUAAAUCCUCACCUGAACCAGGAUGUGAGGAGAAAGACCAAAUCAAGACUGUUCUUACUAAAGGCAUCGCUGGAAUCGGAAAAACCGUCUCUGUGCAGAAGUUCAUUCUGGACUGGGCCGAGGGAAAAGACAAUCAGGAUGUAGAUUUCAUGUUUGUGCUUCCAUUUCGAGAGCUGAACUUGAUCCGAGAUCAUCAGUACAGUCUUCACAGACUUCUGCUGGACUUUCAUCCUGAACUUCAAGAUCUGGACUCAAAGAUUUAUGAGGAGUGUAAAGUUGUGUUCAUCUUUGAUGGUCUGGAUGAAAGCAGAAUCACACUGAUGUUUUCAGAUGAUCAGAAAGUUUGUGAUGUGACUGAGACUUCAUCAGUGGGUGUGUUGAUGUCAAACCUCAUGAAAGGAGAGCUGCUUCCCUCUGCUCUCAUCUGGAUCACCUCCAGACCAGCAGCAGCCAAUCAGAUCCCCUCCAAAUACAUCAACCGUCUGACAGAAAUUCAGGGAUUCAAUGAGUCUCAGAAGGAGGAAUAUUUCAGGAAGAGAAUCAGUGACCAGCAUCAAGCCAGCAGAAUCAUCUCACACAUCAGAAGAGCAAGAAGCCUCCACAUCAUGUGCCACAUCCCCGUCUUCUGCUGGAUCUCAUCCACUGUGCUUCAGAAGCUCCUGAAAGAAGAUGUGAGUGCAGAAAUCCCUCAAACUCUGACUAAAAUGUACAUCCACUUCCUGCUGAUUCAGAUCAACAUGAGGAAUCAGAAGUAUGAAGAGAGAGAUCCAGAGAAACUCCUGCAGUCCAACAGAGAAGUGAUUGUGAAACUUGCUGAAGUGGCUUUCAAUCAGCUGAUGAAGGGCAAUGUGAUGUUCUAUGAGGAGGACCUGAUUGAGAGUGGCAUAGACGCCACAGACGCCUCAGUGUAUUCUGGGAUUUGCAGUGAGAUUUUUAGGGAGGAAUCUGUGAUUCAUCAGAGGAAAGUCUACAGCUUCAUUCAUCUGAGCAUCCAGGAGUUUCUUGCUGCUUUCCAUGUAUUUUACUGCUAUUCAAACAGCACCAUGGAGACACUUAAGGUUAUUGUUACAAUGCAUAAUAUGCUUAAUGGAGCAGUAGUUGAAGCCCUUGAGAGUGAGAAUGGACAUCUGGAUCUGUUCCUGCGGUUCCUGCUGGGCAUCUCACUGGAGUCCAAUCAGAGACUCUUACAGGAUCUACUGACACACACAGAGAACAGCUCAGAGAGCAUCAGGAGAACCACACAGUACAUUAAAGAGAAGAUAAAAGAUGGACAUGGACUCUCCGCCGAAAAAUCCAUCAAUCUGUUCCUCUGUCUGCUGGAAGUGAAAGAUCAGACUCUGUCCAGAGAGAUUCAGGAGUUUGUGAAAUCAGACAAACACUCAGAGAAGAAACUCUCUCCUGCUCACUGCUCAACAAUCGCCUACAUGCUUCAGAUGUCAGAGGAGGUGCUGGAUGAGCUGAACCCCAUGAAAUACAACACAUCAGAUGAGGGGAGAAGAAGACUGAUACCAGCUGUGAUCAACUGCAGAAAAGCUCUGUGA